AUGGGUUCUCUUCUGUCUUCAGCAGCGGAUUCUCUUUCCAGUGAAGUUCAGAGCAUUCGGGGAGCUGUGAGGAACCUGGAACAAGUCCAGACAGCAAGCACUUAUAUUUACAGCGACAUUCAGCGGAUUUUGGGAUUUUUGGGGAAAGUGGCAGAAGAGCGCCAGAAAAUUAAAGACUCCUCUAAUCCAUUAUGCAGUGAGGGAUGGAUACAUUAUGGACUCAGCUGUUACUAUGUGCCUUCAAAUGUAAAAACAUGGAACGCCUCCAAAAAAGACUGUGAGGACAAGCAGGCCCACCUGAUGGUUGUUAAUAGUGAGGAAGAGAUGGAUUUUCUGCGUAGGAUUGCAAACAAACAAUACUUGUGGAUCGGUCUAACAGAUGCGGAUGGAACCUGGAGAUGGGUGGAUGGAACGCCUUAUGACAUCACUCCAAAGUUCUGGGGGAAGAAUCAGCCCGAUAAUUGGAUGAAUCCUCAUUUAGGAGGAACGGAAGACUGUGCUGCGUUAAUCCCAAGUAAUUACUGGAAUGAUGGUCACUGUAAUGAAAUAAUGAAAUACGUCUGUGAGAAGAAGAUGGUCUUAUGAUAUGGACGGGUGAACAUCAGAGGACACCUGAUAUCUCUGUCUGCCUUUUCUCCUUCUAUAUCAUACUACGGCCAUAUAGAAUCUACUACUGUAUUAAAUAAUGCUUCAGGAUAUGCUGGGACUUGUUUCUCUUCUAGAAUGGGAGGACCUUUAGAACGUCCAAUCUGCAGUUUUCACGUUGAACUCCAGUCCUGUCUUUAGUCUUGCACAGUUGUAUAGGCUCCUGUAUUUCACCACAAUGUGCAUUAGAAGCUCACAAUGUGCAAAUGGAGCUCACAAUGUGUAUUAGAAGCUCACAAUGUGCAUUAGAAGCUCACAAUGUGCAUUAGAAGCUCGCAAUGUGCAUUAGAAGCUCGC